AUGUCUUCUAAAAAACUUUUGAAUCCAAGCAAAGAUGACAAGCCUUUAUGGCUUCAUGUCGAGGUAUUGGAUGCUCCAAUCGGUGGUGGUGAUAAUAGAAAGUGGAGAUGCAGAUAUUGUAAUAAAAUAGUGACUGGUUCUUACACAAAAGUUAGAGCACAUCUUCUGAAAAUAUCGAACAUGGGUGUUGAAGCAUGCAAAGGAAUUUCAGAUGAUGUUUAUCGUCAAAUAGAAGCAGAGCACAAGAGGGCCGAAGAAAAAGUAGCAAAAGAAGCCAUGAAUGCGAGACAAAGAAACCAGUACAUGGCAUAUCAAGGAGGGUCUGAUCUAGUACAACCCAAGAAAAGAAAAGGAGCUUUGGAACUCGCUUUUAAUGUGGCUGAUCGAGAUGAAAUUGAUAAAGAUUGUGCCAUGAUGUUCUAUACUAGUGGCAUAUCCUUCAACUUUGCAAGGAAUCCCUUCUUCCGAAGUUACUCUCUAAAACUAGCCAAUUCAAAUGUGGCAGGCUACACUCCUCCUACAUACAACCGUCUUCGCACCACACUUUUGUCACAGCAGAAACAACAUGUUCAGAGACUUGUUCAACCUGUCAAAGAUAGCUGGAAAAAGAAAGGUGCAUCUAUAUGCUCAGACGGGUGGUGUGAUCGCCAGCAAAAACCAUUGAUCAAUAUAAUGGUUGCAUCAGCUGCUGGUCCAAUGUUUUUAAAAUCAGUUGAUGCUAGCCAAGUUAAAGUAAAAGAUGCUGAAUAUAUAGCUGCACUAUUCAUGGAGAUCGUGGAAGAGAUUGGUCCAGAACAUGUUGUCCAAAUAGUCACUGAUAACGCCUCCAAUUACAAGGCAGCAGGUGCGUUAAUUGAAACCAAGUAUCCUCGAAUUUUUUGGACACCAUGUGUGGUACAUUCUUUAAAUUUGGCUAUUAAAUAUAUUUGUGAACCUAGCGAGAAAUCUGAUUACUACCCUCAUUGUGCCUGGAUAAAAGAAUUGGUUACUCAAGUUCGUGAAAUUAAUUAUUUCAUUUUGAAUCAUUCUUUGCCAAGGAUGAUAUUUGGUAGAUACUCAGAGGUAAAGUUGCUUAAAGUAGCAGAAACUAGAUUUGCGUCUAAUAUUGUAAUGUUAAGAAGAAUGAGACGAGUAAAAGAGGCCUUGGAAAAAACAGUUAUGGAUCCUGAUUGGAAGCAAAUCAGAGGCAAUUUAAGAAAUGCUAUUGAGUUAAAAUCUAGAGAAAUAAAGGACACCUUAGUGAGUGAUACUUGGUGGGACAAAAUCGACUAUUUUUUAAAGUUUACUGAGCCUAUGAUGAGAUUUUUAAGAGUUGCCGAUAAAGAUUCAUGUAUCUUGCAUUUAGUCUAUGAUAUGUGGGAUACAAUGAUAGAAGAUAUUAGGAGCUGCAUUUUUGAUCAUGAAGACGAAGACUUGUUAACCGGAAAUUCAGCUUUUUUUGAUGCUAUCUAUAAGAUAAUAGAGGACAGAUGGAAUAAAAGCAACACACCGCUCCAUUGUUUGGCACACUCUCUCGUCCCCAAAUACUAUACUCAAGAAUGGCUUCAAGGGGGUGGUCGCGGUAUUCGUCGUGUAGCACCAAACGAAGAUGAAGAGAUAUCACUAAAUAGAGAGGCAUGUCUUAGGAGGAUUUUUGACAAGCCAGAAGAUCUUAAAAAAGUAACCAAAGAGUAUGGAGCUUUUGCUUGUGAACUGGAGUACUUUAGUCAGCCCCAUGUGAUGGCAUCAAGGGGAGAAGAAGAUCACAUGUCGUGGUGGGCUAAUUAUGGCUCAUUUACGCCGUUAUUGCAAGGGCUUGCUUUUAAAUUACUUUCACAACUGGCAUCAUCUUCCUGUUGUGAACGUAAUUGGAGCACUUAUGGUAGCAUUCAGAGUGUUAAAAGGAAUCAGCUGGCCACACAAAGAACUGAAGACCUGGUCUACGUGCACAACAACAUCCGGAUGAUCUCCGAAAGCAACCAGAAUAUACCUCUAGACCAUGCAAAUAUUGGGACGUUGGUUUUUAAGAUUUUAAAUAAAUAUAUAUUUGUUUGUUUUACAGGAGGGGAUAAUUUUGAUGGUGACAACAUCUUGGAGAUUGCUGAUUUGUCCUUGGAUGAUCCUGAAAUUGAAGCUAUUACAUUUGAUGUCUAA